CUCUGUUUAUCCACUUCUCCAAUUCUCGUCUCUCCUUUCUCCCCCCAUUCCUCUCUUUUAAUUCUCCCCGCUCGUGCCUGCGAAUAUACUCGCCAUGGCUGCUGCGGGCGUCUCCCAGGCUACCUCCCCACGCCUGCCCAGUCCUCCCCCGUUCACGGAGGUCCAGAUCGGGCCCAAAUCGCCCUCGGUCGGCGAGUCCUUCGACCACGAGACCGAGCGAUUGCUGGGCGCUUCACAGAAUGCGGAGGAUGGCUCGACGCGGAGGAUCCGCCCGGGCACCAGGGCCGUUGACAUGGCCUUUGGACCUCCUCUGAUUCCUCUUUCCCAGCUCGAUUCCCCCUUUCAACUCCAGGAACACCUCAAAGCUUUAUACAAUCACUACACACGACCCGAAGGCACAGACACGGUAGUCCCCAUUAGCCGGGAGGUCGCCAUCCAGCUUGCGGAACCGCCGGACGGCGUCGACCGGUCGCUAUGGCUCUACGAACUGUGUCGCUUCCUGACCAUGAAGGUCAACAACCUCCUCAUCGCCUUCUUCGCCGAUUCACCCCCCUGCUCCGCCCAGACCUGCCCCGAAAUGCGUGCAUCUGAGUGGCAGUAUCUCUGUGCUGUUCAUGACCCGCCCAAAUCCUGCUGCGCCAUUGACUAUUGCUGCCACACCCUCGAUUGGGCCACGAAUAUCCUCACAUCACCCAAGUACUUCCCCAGCCGGCUGACUCUCGGUUCGGAAACUGGCGGUGGCGCACAGGCCAGCAUGAGACACCUGACCAACAUCUUCCGUCGGUUGUAUCGCAUCUUCGCGCAUGCCUGGUUCCAACACCGAGAAGUGUUCUGGCAGGUGGAGGGACACGACGGGCUGUAUAUCUUCUUCAAGACGGUCUGCGACAUGUAUAGUCUUAUUCCGGAGGACAAUUACACGGUGCCUGCGGAGGCCGAAGGCGUCGAUGUCCAGCAGCCGGCGGCGCUGGAGCACACGGACGGGCGUCGGAUGACGAUCCUGCGCAAGGAUAAUGACUCGUUUGCGGCGUCGCUGGAGAACAUUGAGCCGGCUUCCAUCAGCACGGGAGCUACCACACGGCGCCACAAGAACAGCCCGUCGGUCAGCUCGAGUGUUACGACCAUCAGCGAGGGUGCUGAGGAUGACGAGCAGCCGAGACAGCAGGCCGUUGCGGCGGCAACAGCUGCGGUUGCUGCAGCAAAUGCCGCUGCAGCUGCGUCUUCCCCUGCGGCGUCUGCUCCUGCUCCUACUCCUGCCCCUCCCCCUGCUGCUGCUCCAGAGCCCGAGCCCGAGCCAACACCGGAGGUCAGUGUGGCGCAGGCGUCCGAGCCGGAGCCGGCAGCUGACAGCAACGGGUCUAAGAUUACUGUUUCCGAGGUUCAUGCCGAGGACGAGGAGGCUGCUCCGGAGUCGACAGAGAAGCUGGAACCGGAACCAGCGGAGCCCGAGACCAAGGUCGAAGCGGAACCGGCGGCUGAAGCUGAGGCAGAAGCUGAGGCGAAAGCUGAAGAUGAAGCCCCUGUAGAGGUUUCAGAGACUGAGGCUGCAAAGCCCGAAGCAGAGUCGGAAGCAAAGCAACCCAGCGAGGAAGCGCCGGCGGAAAGCGAGGCGCAGGCGUAGCACUCAUUUCUUUCUGAUCUCUUCUGACAUGAUGCCAUGUGUCGAUACCACGGUUGUAAUAUGUCUUGCGUGACGGACGGCAUGUUAGACGGGCCUGAUGUAAUAUACGACUCGAGCGAGUUAAUGAUACCCUUAAUGUGUGG